AUGGCCAACGUCGAUACACUUCCACUGCUGCUUCCGCAGAGGACGGCACCGGUGAACUCACUUCCACCACACGAAUGGACACCACAGAUGAACCUUUCCCUCCCCAAUCCACCUCCUCCCGAAGACUCGAGGACACAUGACCAGGAAAUGGCCAUGGCGCGGCAGUUGAUGGACGGAAAGACGGUCAAGAAGGUUCGGCCGCGGAGAACGGUAGACUAUGGUGGUCCUAUGGGAAGAUGGGCCCUGUUGCGGAAAUUGCGGCCAAAUGCUACACAUGUACCGUAUCUGAGGCCAGCGCCCCCGUACAUCAUUGAUCUCUUGCCUCCGAAAGCCUACCCAGACAACGCGUCAACAUCACUAUGCACCAAGUUCGUGCAUACAUCGACCAACAAGAUCAGAUGUCCUGUCAAUUGUGUCACGUGGACGCCAGAAGGCCGUCGAGUGCUGACAGGCUCAACCAGCGGUGAAUUCACCCUGUGGAAUGGGUUGACAUUCAACUUUGAGACUAUUCUGCAAGCUCAUGACACUGCUGUACGAACUAUGCGGUUUACGCACUCUGGGGCUUAUUUGGCAUCUGCGGAUCAAAGUGGUAUCAUAAAAUAUUUCCAGCCGAAUAUGAACAAUUUGACUGCAUGGACGGGACACCGAGAAGCUAUUCGUGGCCUGAGCUUCAGUCCCGAUGACCAACGUUUCGCAACUGCCAGUGACGAUUCAACAGUCAGGAUAUGGUCCUUCGAGGAGAGUCGUGAAGAACGGGUUCUGACAGGUCAUGGAUGGGAUGUAAAGUGCGUUGAGUGGCAUCCAACCAAGGGCCUACUGGCGUCCGGUAGCAAGGACAACAUGAUCAAGUUCUGGGAUCCUAGAACAGGGACUGUGCUGUCUACGCUACAUUACCACAAAAACACUGUGCAAGCACUUACUUGGUCGCCAAACGGUAACCUCCUUGCUAGUGCAUCAAGAGACCAGACUGUACGUGUAUUCGACAUCCGUGCAAUGAAAGAGUUUCGAGUCUUGAAAGGGCACAAGAAAGAGGUUUGCUCUGUGGCAUGGCAUCCUGUUCAUCCACUUCUUGUGUCUGGAGGCUCGGAAGGAGCGAUUUUACAUUGGGACCUUUCGUCGUCUACAGAUCCUAAGACUUUGUCUGCAAUACAACAGCCAGGGCCACGAGCAACACUCUCACAAGCGCACGACUCGAACGUCUGGUCGCUUGCGUUCCACCCGCUCGGACACCUCUUGGUCAGCGCGUCUAACGAUCACACAACUCGCUUCUGGUGCCGCGAGCGACCCGGCGACGCGACGUCCGUUUUCUCUGGAGGAGGUGAGAAGCCACCCGAAAUCACAGACACAGCAGGACAAGACGAGGACGAGGAGGCGAUGGUGCCUGGUUUCGGCUUCGGUGGGAGCGGUGGCGGCGCUGUGGCACAAAACUGGUGGGGAAAAGAAGAAGAGCUGGAUGCAGCUGCGGGCCAGUCAAACGCGUACGACAGCAGGUUUGCCCCCAGGGGACGCCAGGACCAGGGCAACGAUGACUUCAUUCCGGGCUUCAGCGCAUCGGAAGGCCCUGGGCUGUCACGGCAAGGCGCGCCCCUGCCAUCGCAGGAGGACGUGUAUGGGUCAGGGGAUGCACCAGCAGAGGAAUGGAGGGGAGGGCGCGGUCGAAAUUACAACCAUGGAGGAAACGGUGGCCAUGGCGGUCACGGUGGUCAUGGUGGUCGAUGGGGCGGAAGAAGAGGACGAUACUGA